AUGUCCUCCCUCCUUGAUUACUUUCCAACCCCCUUCUCCUCCAACGCUCUGUUGCUCUAUGGAGGGCUCGCCGUCCUUCUCCUCGUGGCAUCGCAUCUCGUUCCCUGGGUAGCCGAUCCCUUCGGCUAUAGGAAAAAACACAUUCCCGGGCCGUUCCUUGCUCAGCUCAGUGACGUUUGGCUUGCCCGCGUCGCGGCUCAAGGACACAGGUCGGAAAUUAUCCAUGGACUCCAUCAGAAAUACGGCAAAGUAGUGAGAAUCGCCCCGAACCACAUCAGCCUUUCAGAGCCCGGUGCACUGCAGAUUGUUUAUGCUCACGGUAAUGGAGCAUUGAAAUCAGACUUCUACGAAGCAUUUGUCUCUAUUCGGAAGAACAUCUUCAGUACACGCGACCGAGCCGAACACACUCGCAAACGCAAGAUCGUCUCCCACAUAUUCAGUCAGAAAAGCGUGCUUGAGUUUGAGCCGUACAUUCGACAAGCUCUUGGCAAGCUCGUCAAGCAAUGGGAUUCGCUUCUCAGUGAUGACCGAAAGCUUGCAUCCCAUAGGCUACGACCGAAUGAGAAUGGAACCGCUUGGUUCGACUGUUUGAACUGGUAUAAUUAUCUUGCGUUUGACAUCAUCGGUGACUUGGCUUUUGGUGAGCCCUUCGGGAUGAUCAAUUCCGGUGCCGAUAGUGCCUCGGUCGCUAUCCAUGGUGAUGACCCAACACACCUUGCCUCCGGUGAAAAGAAACUGGAGAUUGUUCGAGUCCCAGCAGUGAAAAUUCUCAACGAUCGUGGGGAGUAUUCGGCAAGUAUGGGCUGCUUGCCUAUUUGGAUCCGACCGUACGCGAAGAAAAUUCCCUGGUAUGCGAAAGGCAAUCAAGCGGUGAAGAAUCUUGCCGGAAUCGCUAUCGCGGCAGUUGACAAACGCUUGGCAACACCGACAGAUAGAGUUGACUUGCUCGCUCGUUUGCAGCAAGGCAAGGACGAACAGGGAAACCUCAUGGCAAGGAGCGAAUUGACAGCAGAGGCAUUGGCCCAGCUCAUCGCUGGAAGCGACACUACGAGCAACUCAUCAUGCGCGAUUACGUACUGGCUGGCAAAGUAUCCGGAUGCUCAGAGAAAACUGCAGAAGGAACUAGACGAAGCGCUCGGAGAUGACGAAGAUGUACCUACAUAUGAACAGUUGAAGCGGCUCCGCUACCUCGACGCAGUAGUCAACGAGGGUCUGAGGAUCCAUUCGACCUCUUCGCUGGGUUUGCCCCGGAUCGUGCCCGAAGGUGGUCUUGAAGUUUCUGGCAUACAUUUCCCCGCUGGAUCCGUUCUAUCUGUGCCGAGCUACACGAUCCACCGCGACACCGCUAUAUGGGGACCGGACCCCGACAUCUACCGCCCAGAACGAUGGUUUGAGCAGGAUGCGGAAGGUAUUCAAGCGACGUUUAACGCAUUCUCUUUUGGGCCGCGUGCUUGUGUGGGGAAGAACCUGGCAUCCAUGGAACUGCUGCUCAUUGUCGCGACUAUCUUUCACCGAUACGAAUUUGCCCUUCUGAGCCAAGAUCAGCCUCUGGAAACAAGGGAAGGGUUCUUGCGCAAACCUGUUAGCUGCUAUGUCGGCAUGAAGAGACGUAGUACUUGA